AUGGCGUCCACCGGUGAUAUGCCCGCCACUACGGCUGCAGGUAUCGAUGACCGCUCGCCCUCACCUGUCAUCUCUCAAACCCGCUGGACCAAGUUUGUCUCGCUCGUCUGGGAUUCUGACUACUAUAUCAAGUCGCCCGCCGAGCGUCGGCUGGUCUUCAAGCUCGACUGCAUGAUCUUGUCGGUUGUCUGUUUGGGUUGGUUCAUGAAGUACCUUGACCAAGCCAAUCUCGCCAACGCCUACGUAUCCGGCAUGAAGGAGGAUCUCAACAUCUUGGGCAACGAGUACACGUACAUGCAGACCGUCUAUAACAUCGCCUACGCCGUCCUCCAGGUCCCGUCCAACCUCAUCAUCCUCAAAGUCCGGCCCAGUUGGUGGCUCGGGAUGUGCGAGUUCGGUUGGAUGGCCUUCACAUUCGCGCAAGCUGGAGCUCGUAAUUCAAACGACAUGUACGCUUUCCGUGCCCUCGUCGGUCUGUUCGAGGCAGCGUUCCAGCCGGUCUCGCUCUUUCUGCUCGCAUCCUGGUACACUGGACCAGAGCUCGCCAAGCGCACCGCCUUCCGGAUGGUGUCCGGUAUCUUUGGUUCGGCCAUCUCAGGUUACCUCCAGGCGGCCAUCUACGUGACUCUCGAUGGUGUUGCCGGCUUCGCAGGUUGGCGAUGGCUCUACAUCAUCUGCGGCCUGAUGACCUUCCCCUCAGCCGUCCUCACCCUUUUCGUCCUUCCCGACUUCCCUCACAACUCCAAAUCUCGCUGGCUCACGGAAGAAGAGCGUCAACUCGCCAUCGACCGCUGCGCUCGUGCCGGUAUCGCUCAGAUAGGCGGCAAGCUUGAUGUGCGCCUCGUCAAGCGGAUCUUUGGCAGCUGGAGGAUCUACUUGAUCUCGAUCACUUAUCUCAUUUACGCUACCUCGGUCCAAGACGUCAAUUACAUGGCUAUCUGGCUGGGAGGCAACGGUGUCAGCGUCGUGCUCCGCAAUGUCUGGUUCGCCGGUACCAAGCUUAUCGCCAUACCCUGCUUCUUAUUCUAUGGCUGGCUCACUGAUCGGCUCGGCAACCGAUUCUACGUGUGCUUUACUGUCAUGGUCUGGGCCUUGGUGCCUUGCGGUAUCCUCGCCGUCCAUCCCAAGAACUUUAAUCUCAUGACAUUCGCUUGGUUUAUGACCGACACAUUCGUCAUCACCCCCAUCCUCUUCCCCUGGUUCAACGAGAUCUGUAAGGCCAACGCCGAGGAACGCGCCAUCGUUAUCUCCACCGCCAACCUCGUCUUUUACAUCUUCAACGCAUGGCUACCCGUCGUUGUCUUCCCCCAGGUCGAGGCUCCUCGUUUCAUGAAAGGGUUCUGGACGUCGUUUGGCAUGAUUGUUGGCACCCUCUUCCUCCUGGUCGCCCUCAACUUCAUGCACAGCCGGCAGAAGCGUCUGACUCAGCUGGCGCCGGAGGAAGAGGUCACGAUGGAAAGUGUCGACAAGGAGAAGGAAGGCUUUACCGAUGUCAACGUUGUGCCCAAGUAG